AUGCGGUGCCUCCUCGGCUCCCCUACUCCGCUGACCGCUCCUCGACGGGGCUCGUCGCUAGCUCCGUUGAGGGGAGCCUGCGGGGGCUCCUCUUCCACGCCACCACCACCACUUUCGGGGGGAAAUGUAGCUGAGCUAGUUGCUGAACCAUGGAAAACACUGGGUCCAAGAGAACAAUUUGAUGUUGCUGUAAUUGAUGGUGUGGAGGUAGAACCUGCAGCACCAGUCACAAAGUAUGUUACACGAUAAACUCCCGUAACAAUUGCUUGUGGGAAGGUUAAGGUUGUAGCACCAACAACCAUAGCCAUAUUAUUAAAAUAUGUAAAACUGGGUGGGAAAUAGUUGCUUGUACUAGAAGUACUAGCAAGAGCAGUAUGAAAUGUAUUAAUUUCAUACCCAUAUUGUCCCUGUGUCAACUUUGGUUUGAACAACUCAAUGUCAUAAGUACACCAAAGUUCACCCUGAUUUUGGCCUCCAGUUGCCAUGCCCUGGGUGGCUAUAGAAAAUUGACCCCAAUCGUACAAUCUAGCGUCUUGUCCAG